GCAGGUGAAGACUGUGUUUGUCGUUUGCAUCCAUUUAAAGGGCAUUGGUUAUACCAGACUGGGAGAGACGGAAAGAUCCGGGCGCCGAUCGUAAUCAGAAACCCUAAGACAGAGACACUCAGAGAGAAUCAUUUCUGAAGCGAUAGCGAAAAACAGAAGAAGCAGAGAGAAAUGGCUGGAGUUGGUCCAUUGACGCAGGACUGGGAACCCGUCGUGAUCCGAAAGAAGGCUCCGACCGCCGCUGCUAAGAAGGAUGAGAAAGCCGUUAACGCCGCUCGACGUGUGGGUGCCGAUAUCGAAACCAUCAAGAAAUCUAAUGCGGGGACAAACAAAGCUGCCUCUAGUGGUACUUCUUUAAACACAAGGAAGCUUGAUGAUGAAACUGAAAAUCUUGCUCAUGAACGUGUACCCUCAGAACUCAAAAAAGCCAUCAUGCAAGCUCGAAUGGACAAGAAGCUCACUCAGUCUCAGCUUGCUCAGAUGAUGAAUGAGAAGCCCCAAGUGAUCCAAGAAUAUGAAUCUGGUAAAGCCAUCCCUAAUCAACAAAUUCUUACCAAACUGGAAAGGGUUCUUGGUGUGAAACUGCGAGGAAAGAAGUAGGAUUUUGCCAUGUAAACAGAACCGGGAGGAAAGUUAAGUUGGUGGUAAGGUUGUGCAUGCUACUAGUUUAGUCUGAUGCUAAUUGUCGAGUCCCAAGUGUUGUGUGAAAACCCUGAACUGUCUGUUACUGUCGUUUGAGGUAUCUCUGCAACUAAACUCUCUCAUGUGACCCUGUGGCAAGUGUUUCUUACUUGGAAAUUAGUGGGAUCAACAUCUUGUUCAUUAGGGGCUUGGUUCCGUCUUACAGUUGAUAUUGCCCUUGACAAUUGAAUUUGGCUUUCGAAGACUCCCGGAUUAGUGUAUAGAUCUAUAAAUCAAUAAAUUUCCCCAAAACAUUCCUCCUGU